AUGGAAGGCAUAGGAUUCCUAACAGUCCUCUCGGGUUCCAUGUUCAUUGGCAGCUAUUUCGCCGGAUCUGUGCCAAUGAUGUUCAGCAUGUCCGAGUCAAGAAUGCGUAUGGUAAGCAUAUUCGGAGCUGGACUACUUCUAGGGACCGCCUUAUCUGUGAUCAUCCCCGAAGGAGUAGAAGCACUCUAUAAUGCGGAAUCAGAGAGAACACAGCCUGCUUUUGCUGGAGUGAACAACCAUGCCAAGGCUAAAGCCAUUCUCGAAGACACAAAGCCUGAGAAAGUUGAGCCACCACGAAUCAUUCCCCAAGUUCUCAAGGAUAAAAUUGAUGGAGAUGAUAUGGGUAACCCUAGAACAAGAAGAAAACGGGAUAUCUCAUUAUCGGUGAGUUCUCCAUUCCCAGUGACGGAUAUCACUGUGAUAAGGCGGAAGCGAGACCAAGUUUUUCACCACCACCUUGAACCACUUUGGACGAAUAUUCAUAACGGUUCCGUUGGUGUUGAGUUGGAGGGAAUAUCUCCGCUUUUCGCGUCAUGUUGGAAGUUCUUUUCAGUGGUUGUCGGUCAAGAGGUGAGCUCGAGAGAAGCUCAUCCGCUUUCUAGUCAUGACCAUUAUUUUGGACACAGCGCACAUCAGCAAAUUGGUUAUCCUCUUGUUUUCGGAUUUAUUUUUAUGCUACUUGUUGAUCAGAUUAGCAAUGCAGCUUGGUCGAGGAAUGAUCGUUCUGGACGCAAUAGAAUGGGAAUUUCAGCUACUAUAGGGCUCGUUGUGCAUGCUGCGGCUGAUGGUAUUGCACUGGGUAGUGCUUCGACAAUCAACAAAUCAGAUGUUCAACUCAUAGUCUUUGUCGCUAUCAUGCUGCAUAAGGCUCCAGCUGCGUUCGGGUUAGUUUCUUUUCUACUGAUGGAAGGAAUCGAUGUGCGAAGUGCCCGAAAGCAUCUCCUCGUCUUCAGCUUUGCCGCUCCGUUCGCGGCCCUCGUCACGUUUGCAGUUGUUGAAAAUCUAGGAAGGGAAUCGCUGUGGUCUUCCGAGUCGUCGACUGGAGUUCUCAUGCUCUUCUCGGCAGGAACAUUUCUCUUUGUGGCAACGGUUCAUGUCCUCCCAGAACUGGUAAGUAUAUGUGCACAUAUACUUUCUUUGCCUUUAUGUAAAAAUCGGAGGCAUAAAUUACUCCUUCGAAAACAUUUUUUGGCUUUUUGUUCGCUUCUGUUUGCCAACUUCUGUUUGCUAGGGCGAAAUGUUGAAAAGCCACUACAGACCUUACUGGAUGGCAUUUGA